AACUAACGUAUCUGUAAUUUAUUCGACAAUAAACUAUUUGAUUUUAUUUUUUAUUAUUUGGCAUAAAAAAUAAAUAUAAAGCUAAUUUUUACCUUUAUAUCACUAACCUCCAUAUUUUAAUAGCGAUAUUAGUUCUUUAAUAAUAUUUAUAACGGCAAAACAACGUUGGCCGAGUCAGCUAGGUCAUUUAUGAAAAUUUUAUUUCAAAGAAAAGUAUACAAAAGAUAACAUUACGAACUUAUAAAAUCGCAUUGCUUCAAGGUUUUCUUAAACAUCAUGAGAAAACCGGCACCGUCGGUUGUUAUGUGCGGCCAAAACAAAAGGUUGUAGCCCCAUUUUAUAUAUAGAUAUUGAAAUCCCAUUAUUAUACGACUUACUAGAAUACAAUACACACAUUUAAAUAUGAAAGAAGCGUUACGUUAAACGUUAAACGAUUUAAGUUAAUCCCGACACCAGUAAGUCUCGUGUAAACCUAUAGCUAAGAUGUGGGUGUUAAUAAUUUUCAUUUUAAUCAUGUUCAUAUUAAAGGAGGCCGUACAAAAACCAGCAUAUUUUCCACCAGGACCACCAGUAUUACCAGUCAUAGGCAAUCUAUUAAGCGUGUGGCUGAAUUUAAAAAGGUACAAAUAUCAUCAUUGCGUUUGGAAAAAUUGGUCCAUGAAAUAUGGAAAAAUACUUGGCUUACGAUUAGGCGUAGUUAAUGUUGUUGUGGUGUCUGGGAAGAAAUAUAUUAAGGAAGUGUUGUCUAGAGAUGUGUUUGAUGGAAGACCGGAUGGAUUUUUGUACACCAUAAGGUCGUUCGGAAAGAAACUGGGUAUUGUUUUUUCCGACGGUGCUACGUGGGCAAAAACAAGGCGUGCUGUGCUGAAGCAUCUAAAGAAUUUCGGCUACAGCUCACGAGCUAUGGAAGCCAAUAUAAGCGAGGAAGCUAAAGCAAUCGUGGAGCUUCGAAAAAUAGAUGCCGGAAUACCGAUUGUCGUAAAUCAUAUACUUGAUGUUGCCAUCGUCAAUAUUUUGUGGAAAUUAGUCGCUGGGAAAAGAUACGAUUUGAACGAUGGCCGAUUGACACUAUUGUGUGAUUUAAUAACGAAAUCAUUCCAAGUUGUGGACAUGAGUGGUGGAAUAUUAACCUUUAUGCCAUAUCUGAGACAUUUAUUUCCAAAAAUAAUUGGAUAUACAGACUUAAAAGCCGUUAACGAUGAUGUAUAUAAGUUUAUAAAGGAAACCAUACACGAGCAUCGUACAACGCUUGACGUCAACAAACCAAGAGAUCUAAUCGACUCUUUUCUCAUUGAUAUUAUGGAACAAAAGGACGAAUGCUUCACAGAUGAAGAGCUGCAAGUUAUCUGUCGCGAUUUGUUGGAGGCUGGAGUAGAAACAGUUAAUAACACGGUAGUGUUUAUGCUACUUCAUAUAGUUUUAAAUAAAGAUAUACAGACGCAGUUGCAGGCAGAGAUCGAUACGGAAAUCGAGAAUCGACCUCCAACACUUAAGGAUAGGUCCAGGAUGAUAUACACGGAAGCAGUAAUACUGGAAACCUUGCGAAUAUCGAGUGUAGCAGCAGUAGGUAUACCUCAUAUGGCAAGAGAGGAUGCGCGACUUGGUGAUUAUAUAAUAAGAAAGGGUACAUUUUUGCUACUGGCUAUCCAUGAUCUUCACAACGGGGAUCAAUGGAAGAACCCUGAUGUAUUCAAACCAGAGCGAUUCAUAACAGCGGAAGGAAAUUUGAUUCAAAGUGACUUAUUAAUGCCGUUUGGUGCCGGUAAAAGGCGCUGUAUUGGCGAGGGACUGGCUCGUGCUGAACUAUUUUUGUUCCUUACUCAUAUUUUGCAAAGGUUCAAUCUUAAAAUACCUAAUGGAGAUCCCAUACCAUCGACUGAACCGAUAGAUGGCGUUACACUGUCGGCAAAAGAAUUCAGAGUCAUUUUUGAAUUAAGGCGGAAUAAAUAAUUGAAGAGUACAACUACAGUAAAACCUCUAUAAAUCGAACACCAAGAGAUGCUAAACAAUUCGAGUUGUAACAUUCGUAUGAUUUUGACUUAAGCGGAUUUUGUUUCAACUUUUAGAGUCAGAAUCCAUGAACUAAUAGUGGGUUACGCUGUCGGCAAACAGUAAGAUUAAAGCAGAUAACUUAUUUUGUUUCGAAUUAUAGACGAAAAAGCUUCAAAUUAUUGCGUCGUAAAGUUUGUAAUAUAAAACAGUGCUAUGCUGGAGAUACAGUGUUCCAAUUAAAUAUUUCGAGUCAUUAUGUACUAAACUGUGUGGUUGAGUUUUCGAGUAAAGGUACUUUUGGAGCUUGAGGGAAUGGGAACAAUUUCUUUAUCGAGUUUUGGAGAAUUUUCUCUUAUUGAUUAUUUAUUAUACAGUAGAAAUAAAGAUUUUAUGUGUGGAAUAAAUCAUAAAUUUAA